AAGGCGAGUCGCAGCCAGUGGAGCAACAACUUGCGUCUGCUGUUUAUCGAUUCGUGUGCCACAAAUAACCGUGUUGCACCCAGAGACAGCACCCUGUAUGCGUGUGCGUAUGACGAGCAUACAACGUUAGCUAUUCCCUGCGCUGCAGGCGUGUCGAUUUUAACGCAUAAAUUAUGCAAAAGUCAACUGCAACGCGCAUCGACUAAAUAUCAAACUAUAAACCAAAAAAAAUAAAUAAAUAAAUAAAUAAACCAACGACUGCAACAAAACACAAAACAAAAAACUAGUUAGCACACCCAAAGAAGAGAAGGAGCACAAUUCGGAAUGGACGUGGGCGCACAGGACACCACAUAUGAGCCUCUGGAGGGGCGCAGCGGACGGGCAUCGGGCAAUGGCAUGAGGCAUCCGACCAGCAUAGAUAGUCCCGAAUACGAUACACGCGCCCCCAAGGACCAGAGACAUGCCGUCUAUCUGGCACUGCUUGCAGCAGGCAUUGGAUUUGUUUUGCCCUACAAUAGUUUCAUUAUCGCCGCGGACUAUUGGCAGGGACGCUUUCCGGGUCGUCCGGUGGCUCUGGACAUGUCCAUGACGUACAUCUUUGUGGCCUUCGGCACGGUUCUGUUCAACAACAUUGUGCUGUCGCUGGCGCCGUUCCAAACGCGCGUCCUCUUUGGCUACAUGGUGUCCUUUACCACGCUGAUCUUUGUGGCCGUCUGCGAGGUGGCCUGGCACAUGUUCGCCACGAAUACGGCGUAUGUUGUGAACAUGUCUGCGGUGGCUCUAACCGCCAUUGGCUGCACGGUGCAGCAGUCGAGCUUCUAUGGAUUCGCCUCAAUGCUGCCCAAGCAGUACACGCAGGCUGUGAUGGCCGGCGAGAGCAUUGCCGGAUUUCUGGUGUCUUCCAAUCGCGUGGUUACCAAGCUGCUCAUCAACAAUGAUCGCGUCUCGACGGUCAUCUUCUUUCUGACCUCCACGCUGUACAUACUCUUCAGCUAUUUGCUGCACUUGGCCACCAUCAACUCGCCGUUUGUGCGCUUUCACGUGGAGGCCUGCUCCAAGAUUGUUCUGCGUCCGGAUGAGCAAGAGAUUGAUGGCGCCACCAGCAGCACCAAGUAUGGUGUUCUGUCCAUGGACGGCACUACGACUACGACUACGGCUGGACCCCAUCAUGCCGGUACGAGUGCACCGAAUACGCUGAGCUUUAGCAAUCCCGUCUAUGAGCUGUCCAAUCCCACGGCUGGCGAGAGCAUCAUUGAGGGCCUUGGGCCGUUGCCCGAGCUGCCAGCUACGCCGCAUGAGCCGGCCACGCCCACAACGGUUGCCUUCAAGGUGGAGCAUGUGAUUACGCCGCGUCGCUGCCGGCCCAGCAAGCUGGGCGACAUACGCGAAGGUUUCGUAACACGCUGGCGCGUCGCCCAGGUCAUCUAUCCGUACAUGGUGUGCAUUGCCCUGGCCUACUGUGUCACCCUCUCACUGUAUCCGGGCAUCGAGGUGGAGGUCACUUCGUGUGCGCUGCGCACAUGGAUGCCCGUGCUGCUGAUGUUCUGCUUCAAUACAUCGGAUGUGAUUGGCAAGAUCCUGGCCGCCAGUCCGUAUCCCUGGUCGCGGCGACAGCUGAUCCUGCUGUCAGGAUUGCGUAUUGUGCUGGUCCCUAUGUUUCUACUAUGCUGUGCGCCACGCCAUCGUCCGAUCAUCUCGGGCGAGACGGCGCCCUUUCUGUUCACCAUAGCGCUGGGCAUCAGCAACGGACUGGCGGGCAGCUUGCCCAUGAUGCUGGCUCCGGCCAAGGUGCCGGGCACCCUUAAGGAGGUCACCGGCAACAUAAUGACACUGUCCUACAAUAUUGGACUAACGGCCGGUUCGCUGAUUGGCUACGUGUUCGAGAGCAUGCUGGGACCGCAGCUGGAGAAUCCCUGUCCCAUGUAUCCGUAUACGCCCGCCUCGGCGCUGGACCACUACCAUGGUCAUCUGCCGCCGCUGCUGCCCACCGCCAGUCCGACUAUGGCGGUCAAUACGACACUGGCGCCGCUGCUCCUGAACACUACGAUCUCCGGCAUUAGCAGCACGGAGAGCAGCUCCACCAGCAGCGCUGUGCCUGGACCUGCACUGGCCACAGUCAUCACCACCACGGCCCUGGCCCUCUACAGCACCGUGGCGAGCACCAGCACGGAGCUGAUCAAUGCGACUGUCACCACCAUGCUGUCGGCGGUGUCAUCAUCGGUGGGCGAUAUCAGUGGUGAGCUCGGGGGCAGUACAACGGAUCCUCAAACGCCCGAUGCACUGCUGCAGGAGAUCUAGGUCGGUUGCUUGUUGGACAUGGCACAUUUGCAGAUACUCAAGUCAAGCUUGUGUAUCUACAAGAUACAAUUUAGAUUAGCUCUGACUGACAAGUCCAAAUAUGGUGAAAGUGGAAGCGCGUUAACAGCGAGAGAGAGUUCUCAUGUGAAAAGGUAAAUAUGCUUUUCUUUACUUGGCAAAAUUCUCUUUCAAAAUUAAGAUUACCCUCUUAAUUGGGCAAAAUUUCCUUACGUGAGGAGGGUAAUUAUGCUAGCCUUUAAUUGGCUAACAUUUCCUUUCAUAUGUAAGAGGGUAAUUAUGAUAGUCUCCAAUUGGAGAAAUGACAUUUCGCGAGUGCUAGCCUUUAAUUGGAAAAAAUGCCCUUUCCCAUGAGAGAGGGUAAUUAUGAUAGUCUUUAAUUGGAAAAAUUGCCUUUCUCAUAUGCUAGCCUUUAAUGCGCUUUUUCAUGUGAGAGGGUAAUUAUGCUAGCCUUUAAUUGGGAAAACAUUGUCUAUCUAUUUUGCGAGGGUAAAAGUUCUCUUGGAUAGAAUGGAUCGGAUGGAAAAAGAGAAUCUAUCACAAACUUGUAUCUUGUGCAAUCGUAUUGCAAAUAUUUAUCAACUCUAAUAAUUAUGUUAACAUAUACUCCAAUUAAGUGCUAUAAUAUUCAAGUUUUGAUCCGUUGAUUUCGAGUUAUAUAAAAGAGAGCCCAGUAGCUAAGCAAAUUCUAUGUGCGUGCGUGUGUGUCUGUGUGUGUGUGUGUGCGAGCUGUGUGUGCAUGUGUGUGCGUGUACAUAUGUAAUUAGGAUACGGAUAAUACGGAUAAAUGCAUAUUGUUGGUUAAAGAUCAUGAAUAUUUUUAUAAAAAGGCGCUAGACUUAAUUGUUUGUGGGGUAAUUAUAAACAUAUUUAUUGAUCUAAACAAUUCGGAUUAUGGUUUGCUCGAGAAAGUGUGGAAUGGAAUGUUUUUUCCGAAUGCGUAGAACAAAUUAGGUUUUAAAUAAGACACUUGAACUUUGCAGCUAGUCAUAGAGAAUCCGUUCCAAAAUAGUAACAAAUUGCUAAAUAAUACAAACACAUAAUAUAUAUAUAUAUGUAUUAAUUAGUAUAUCUUUGCCUACAAACGCUGUGGAUGGCCUUAGUCCUUGUUUCUGCUUAGUUGCAAUUAUUAUUUAGAUUCUAAUUGAAAUUUCAACGAUGUUUUGUUAACUUACUUAAUCAAAUUUUAGCCAAAUUUUGAGCAACCAUAUUUUGACUAUAAUAAAAUGAACGUUAUAUGCGUAUAGCUCUAAGAAUUCUAAUGAAUAUGAAUGUUAAUAACGAAUUUGUAAAAAACUCGGAAUAGAAUUGAAAACUCGAAUAAAACUAAAGGCAAAGCGCCAUCUGUGUCAGACAGGUUAAAA